AUGAACAAGUUUCAGGAUUUUUUAGUCUGGUACAACAAUUUGGACGUCGCUCCUUUUGUGGAAGCCGUAGAGCAUUUCCAGGAGUUUUAUUUCAACAAAGGGAUAGACGUCUUUAAGACGGCCAUUUCCGUACCAGGCAUCGCCAGACAGCUGUUAUUUAGGUCUGCGAAAGAACAGAAUGCCAAUUUUGCCCUGUUUGAUAAGGAUAAUGCCGACCUGUAUCAAACGGUAAAACAGAACAUAGUUGGUGGUCCAAGUCUUAUUCUGACGAGAUACCAUCGAGCCGGACAAACCCGUAUUCGCGAUGGGAAAAACAUAUGCGGUUCUAUUCUCGGGUUUGACGCUAACGCCUUAUAUCUCUGGGCUAUUGGCCAACCUAUGCCCGUUGGGCCAUUCGUACGCCGUCGUGCUGUAAACGAAUUUCGUCCCGAAGUUCGAGACAAGUACAUGUCAGCGUAUUAUUGGAUGAACUGGCUGAUCCACACUCAAGGCUCGAACAUCAUGCAUAAGCUCAAUCACGGACAAGAAGUGAGGAUCGGAAAAUAUCCUGUUGACGGUUAUUCCCCGCCACAACGUCCGGAUGACAAGCCCAUCGUGUAUCAAUUCCACGGAUGCUAUUUUCAUUCGCAUCUUUGCGAGGUCACCAGAGGGGUGAAGGACAAAGAAUGGUGGAAAAACCGAGAGGACAAUUAUCAAAGGACUCUGGAUAUUUCGGCUUACUUGAGGGCACGAGGAAACGAAGUCAUUGAAAUGUGGGAAUGCGAAUUUCGACAGUAUUGUAGAGCCAAUCCCGACAUUUAUACUUUCAUCGAUCGAGAGAGACCGAGCUUCUUUCAGAGCCACAAAGGUAAAACCGACGAAAACCAAAUCCUAGAGGCUGUGGUGAAAGGAGAGCUGUUUGGGAUGGUGGAAGUGGACAUCGAAGUGUCUGAGCAGUGGCCUUGGUAUUUCAAAGAUCCGCGAAUGACGCCGUAUCAGUAUUUCCAAGAAAUGUCUCCAUUGUUCUGCACUACCGACAUUCCUUUCGAUGCUAUCGGCGAUCACAUGCAAGCCCAUAUCCGGGAAUAUCAACUUUCGGAGCAACCUAGACGUCUUCUGGUGGGCGGUAUGAAAGCUAAACAACUAUUGAUUGCCACACCGCUUCUCCAGUGGUACAUACGCCACGGAAUGGUUGUCACCAAAGUGUAUCAGGUUGUGGAGUAUCAACAGCAGCGCUGCUUUCAAGCCUUCGUGGAAGAAAUCAGCGAAGCCAGACGAGCUGGGGACAGAGACCCAGACACAGCCAUUAUAUCAGAUACAAAUAAAGUGAUUGGGAACUCGAGCUACGGUUCGCUUAUCAUGGAUAAGUCUAAGCACAGAAAUGUAAAAUAUGUACAAGGCGAAAACGAAACGUGCCUGAAAAUAAACGACCCUUGCUUUUGUAAGCUAGAAUGUUUGGACCCCGAAGAGCAAUAUUACGAAGUGGAACUGGCGAAGCGCGUCAUCAAGCUGGAUUUACCGAUUCAGUUAGGUUACUUCAUUUUACAGUACGCUAAACUGCGCAUGCUCGAGUUUUACUUCGAUUUUAUGGACGUAUACGUAGACAGGUCGGACUUUGAGUAUUGCGAAAUGGACACAGACAGCGCCUACAUGGCCAUUUCGGGUUCGAGUAUAGAAGAGGUCAUUAAACCGGAGAUGAAGGAAAUAUACCAACGCGGUCUCAAAGGUUUCUGCAACGAAACGAAGACAGAGGCCGAUGCACAGCACCACUGGUUUCCUAGGACAUGUUGUUCAAAGCAUGCCAAGUUUGAUAAGCGUACACCGGCAUUGUUUAAACUGGAAUACCAGGGUGACGAAAUGAUCGGGCUGUGCAGUAAAACGUACAUUGUGCGAAAAGAACAGACUGUGUCAGCCUCUUCAGCCAGGGUCGCGGCUUACCACUUAUUGAGACGAUGUCUGAAAUUAAGAAAGAAACCCUGCCCUUACAGACCCAGACGAGUAAACGAAUUUAAAUUCAGUUCGAAAGGAGUCAGCAAACGACUUUUAAAAGCACCCAUGGCGAAGUUUAGCCGGGUAUUAAAAACAGGAAAAGCCCAAGGCGGACUCAAUCGAGGAUUUCGUGUAAGAAAUAAUGCAGUUUUUACUUACUCACAGGAGAGAAGGGGAUUUUCGUAUCUUUACUGCAAAAGAAAAGUGAUGAAUGAUGGAAUCCAUACAGUACCGCUAGAUCUAACGUUGUGUCCAGUACCAAAACAAGAUACAUUUAAAGAGCAGGAAGUGAACGACCAAGAAUUGGUGAACAUUUUGGUGCAUCUCCUCGAAGAUAAUGAAUAAUAAAAAUAAAAAAUAUCUCCUAUAAGUAGCAGGUUCCCUGUCGUCUUGGGUUAUAUUCAUCAUGUAUCCCUUCCCAGAAGGAGCGUCUAUCUCCGUAUCUGGAGCCACGUGUAGCGGUAAAACGAGCUGGAUUUUUCGGUUAUUACGUCAUAAGGUCGAGUUGUUUGUCAGCCCACCGAAGAAGGUGCUCUAUUGUUAUGGCGUCUACCAACCUAUGUUCGAGCAAAUGGAAAGAGAACUAUCCUUUGUAGAGUUUCAUUCAGGGUUGCCUAGUGAAAAGGAACUCGGGGACCUUUCAGACAGUCAAGUUUGCAAUUUAGUCAUCCUUGAUGAUCUCAUGGACAGUGUGACAUCAUCACCAGAAAUGGAGGCUCUGUUCGUUAAAGGAAUGCAUCACCGGCAUUUAAGUUUACUCUAUUUGAAUCAAAAUCUGUAUUGCAAAGGUCGAUAUAGCCGCACCAUCAACUUGAACACUCAUAUUUUAGUGCUGAUGAAAAACCCCAGGGACGUGUCACAACUCCAGUGCCUGGCGAGACAAGCUUUCUUGGGCAAAAGCGCCUUUCUACUGGAAGCUUUUAAGGACGCCACGUCAGAGCCUUAUGGAUAUUUGGUUUUGGACUUUUCGCCCGCGGGUGAAGAAGAGUACCGUGUAAGAACCAGAGUGUUUCCGGGCGAAGACACGAUCAUUUAUCAAGCCCUAUAAAGAACACUUGUGAUUGACAAAGAACGUCAUAUUCCUCUAUACCUGAUGACAGCAACGUCACAUCAUGCAUAAAAUGGUCUUAUUACCGUACGACAGAUAUCAGCGACUGCUUUUGGAAAAAACAAACAUCGCUAACACUUUGCCAGUAGAAGAAGAAGAAGAAGAAGAAACUACACAACAACAACAACAAAAGCAGAUAUCAUCAGAAAAUACUUUAACAGAUCAUUCUAGAGUGAAACCAGAGAAGAACGACAUUGAGAGAUCAAUUACAUUGUUUUCAAAGACAUUGCAGGGACGUGCACGUGCGUUACUCACCUACAUACUUCCACAUAUUAGCUGGAAUCAGAAAGGGGAGGUAACUAUAUCAGGAGAAAGAAUACCCAACUCCAAUAUCGUGGACCUAGUUAAAGUGCAGUUAAAAGACUACAAGGAUUUUAGACCCGUCGGGCAUCUGGAAUUUGAGACAUUGUUGACAGAUAUCAACGUCCCGCACACUUUGCUUUCAGCUUCCCGUCGCAGUCAGAUCGGUGGAUCAGACAUACCGCCUCCACCGGGGAUCCCUGUCAAGAGAAAACGAAGUAAGAAAGUUGAGAGUUCCACCGACAGUUCAAAACCACAGAAAGUCAAAUGGCUCAAACUGUGAACAAGUACGAAGACUAUCUUAAAUCUAUCUAUUAUGAUCCAAAACACGCCGGUUCCUUUAGCGGCGUGGAUAAGUUGUACAGAGCUGUAAGGAAAGACGGAAAAUUUGUGUUGAGUAGAAACAAAAUUCGCGACUGGCUUUUAAAACAAGAGGAUUUUGCCGUGCACAGAGAAGAUCGCCGGAAAUUCAAACGUAGACGAGUGAUUGCUCCUACUGUAGACUACCAAUGGGACGAGGAUACGGCUAAUAUGGCGUAUUACGAGAAAGAUAAUGAGGGUUAUGGCUAUUUCCUGUUGGCGGUGGACAUAAUGUCAAAGUACGUGUGGACAGUGGCACUGCGUACCACAACCGGUAAAGAAGUACUGAAAGCGUUACAGUCGAUUUUUGCCAAGGGGAGAAAACCGAGUAAGAUCAGAAGCGAUCAAGGGACAGAAUAUGUCAACAAAUAUGUUAAACAAUUUCUAAAGAAGACGGGAGUGCAUUAUUUCGUAACACAAAAUUUAGUGAAAGCUUCGUACGCGGAACGAAGUAUCAAAGUGAUCAAAAGUAGACUUAUACGUUACAUGACUCGCCACCAAACUCACAAAUGGAUAGACGUUUUAUCCAGUAUCACGGAGAGCUACAACAAGACGUACCAUCGUUCCAUUAAAAAAGCGCCCGGAAGUGUCAAACCCGGCGAUUCCGUAGCCUUGUGGCAGCUUUUAUACGGCAAUCUCCCCAAGCCAGCCAAAAAGAAACAACCCCCAACAUCCCGGUUCAAGGACUUUAAGUAUAAAGUGGGUGAUCUAGUGAGGCUUUCUUACAUGAGGCGACCGUUCAUGCGUGAAUACGAUGAAAGGUGGAGCAGAGAAUUGUUUGUGAUCAACGAACGGUUUAUGAGAGAAAACAUUCCGCAGUACCGACUGAAAGACUACGCGGGCGAAGAAAUUUCUGGUAGCUUUUAUCAGAAUCAAUUGAAAAAGGCCUACAACCAAGAAACGUAUUUAGUGGAAAAGGUACUCAGAUCGAGGGGACGGAAAGGUCAUAAACAAUUUCUUGUGCGUUGGAAAGGCUGGCCGCCAAAGUAUGACACAUGGCUCAGUGAGAAAGAUAUAGAAAGUCUUAAAUAGCGUGGAACUAGUCAAUACUUGGUCAUAACUAGCAGAUAUGAUGGUGCGAAAACAUCUAGCGUUGCUAGAAUUACUCGUAGACUCGUCGGACCAACAACGACUAGCCAUUUUGAAGACAUUAUCUAUCGCACAGUUGAAAGCCAUAUUAGAAUCCAUAUACAACGUGUUAAAAGGAACAUCGCCACUCAAAGAGAAAGAUAAAAAGAAAUUGAUGCCAUAUCAAAACGUCAUUCGCCGACUCGUGUCUAAAGAGCUCACUCAUAAACAGCAGAGAAGAUUAUUAACCAAACACCGUCACAUCUUACCGACGUUACUGAAACCGGUAGUACAGUUGUUGAAAGUGUGAGUGAAACAAAACACAAAAGAAAACUAUGACUGAUAGAUACAUUUACGUGAAUAGUCAAGACAGUAAUUCGUAUUUUCCUGACAACGAAGCUUGCAAGUUUAGCGUUCAUUUAAGUUUACCUCUGAUACUGAAGGGUAGCUGGAAAGUUGCUCUUACGGAAUUUUAUGCCUCAGAUAAUUCAAAGACGAGAAGUAAAACGACGGAUGCUCUUUACGUAUGCGCAGACUUUUGUAAAGAGAACAUAGUGCACGGAGAUGAACAACCGCUGUUAAGGAGAAUAGUGAAAAACAAAAAGAAUACGUGGGAGUAUACGUUCGAGACGCCUUACUACGUACCCGUGAAAGGAAAAGAAAUAAGAGAGUUUCAAAUCUAUAUAAAACGUGAGGACGGAACGUUGGCUUCAGAACUGAAAUCGCCACUGCAUUUAACACUUCACUUGAAGCAAUACCCAUUUUAUUGAAAAAAAAAAAGAAAGAAUAAUAAUAAAAAUAAAAUAUGAAAUUAUACGUGCCUCGUCCGCAGACGUGGGUAGACUUUUUUCAACGUGUACAUAGCGGUAAAACGUCCCUCAACCAAUCAGGUGCCGGAAGACGACGGCACGUGAUACCAGUGAAUGAAUCAAAUGCUUUGAGUAAUAAACAGUUCCAGAUUAAAGCCGUGUUACCGGCGGAGCAAACUGCGGCUCAGGCUAAAUCCGAAUUGGAACGCAAUGAUAUAAAUCCUGAUAAAGUGGCGAAAGAUCUUCAGUCUACUGUCGACGGACGAGGGAGGAACAACAAACGUAAAAGAACGAAAACGCAGAAAACGUCUGUAAAACGUCAACGUACACAAGGAAAGUCGGGCACUGCGAAAGGAUCUAAGGAUAUUUUCGUUAUCGAUUGAAGUAUAAACAACACAUGCACACACAUAUGUAAAAAAAAAUGUCCGUGUUUAACGAGGAAAAAUUUAGCGAAGGACUGGUUUCGGAACUAGCAUUGUUUGAUCUUCCAAGUACGCAGACUAGCGUAACGGACGUCUAUUAUGAAGAAAUUCGUCCGAUUUCACAAUUGUCUGACAGUGCGAGUCCAAUCGAAUUCCGAAUCGGUGGGCAAAAUUCCAUGGAUUAUCUGGACAUGAAAGGAACGCAACUAUACGUCAAACUGAGAGUGAAGACGGCUGCGGGCGCUAACUUAGUCGCUCAAAAGGUUGGACCAGCGAAUUUGUUUCUCCAGGCCUUGUUUUCAUCCACAGAGGUAACUUUGCAGAAUAAAGCAACGGUUACAGCGAACUACAAUCCGUACAGGGCUUACAUACAGACGAUAUUGAAUAAUGGACAGGAUGCCACUUCACAACUACAGUCUCAGCUAUUUUACAUGGACACUCCAGGAAAACACGCUGUGACAGAUCCUGGUGGUGCAAACAUGGGUUUGUAUGAAAGGGCCAAACUGAUAGCGACAUCGAAAACGUUGGAUCUGCAGGGUCCCAUAUUUCAUGACUACUUCUCACUGGAACGUUAUUUGUUGAAUCAAGUGGACGUCAAAGUAAAGCUGUACAGAAGUUCGCCAGACUUUUGCUUGGUUAGCAGCGAAUCAUCGCCGGCAUUCAAGAUUGAAAUUGAGGAUAUCUAUAUCUUAGCCAGGAAGAUUCGGGUAAAUCCGGCGGUAAUCUACGGACACGCAGAUAUACUGAAAAACACCAACGCCAAAUAUCCGUACACUCGAGUUGAAUGUCGGUCUCAAAGCGUGGCUUCGGGUAGUACUAGUUUUCACUGGGAAAACAUUCUUCAAAAUCAACGACCGAACAAGGUGGUUAUCGGUUUUGUAAAAUCGAAAACGGUCUCUGGCGACUACGGCACCAAUCCAUUCAACUUUGAAAACUGUAACAUACAGAGCAUUUAUUUAUACGCCGACGGACUACCUGUGGGAGGCAAUCCCUUAAAGCUGGACUUUAACGAAGUCACUGGACAGUCUAAUAUACGGGCCUACGUCAAUACAUUUACUGCGACUGGCAAAUGGAGACAGCCGGAUGAAGGAAACCAACUGAGCAGAGAACAAUUUAAUGCUGGAACAACAAUGUUCGUAUUCCAGUUGGAGCCAAACUUCGACCAUCAUGGAGAGUACUUGUCGCUAGUGAAAACGGCGAAUGUCAAACUGGAUGUACAGUUCUCCGCUCCACUAUCAGAGAGUGUAAGCUGUUUGGUAUACAGUGAAAUGUCCGGUUACUUCGAGUUAAAUAAAGAGAGAGACAUCAUUACGCAAUGAAUACGCAUCAGUUGCAGUGUAUGAUACAGUGCGAUCCAGUGUUGAACGGACAUGUAAUGGGUGUUUUUGCGGCUGAUCGACUUCCUAAGUGGACGCCUGGCUAUCCCUUUGGCUUUAUAGCAAAUACUGACAUUCAUUCAAAUCCAGGAUAUCAUUGGUGCGCCUUUUACGACGAUGGACGUGGUAAUGUGGAAUUUUUUGACAGUUACGGAAAGGGACCGGGUGUAAAUAGCGCGCAUUUCCUGCGCUGGAUAAAUGCUCGCGCAAAAACUCGAAUUGUGAAUCACGUACAAUUACAGAGCGAUGAAUCUAAGAUAUGCGGACUUUAUGCGGUGUUAUACCUUCAUCAAAGAUUUUUGGGUUAUAACAUGGAGGACAUUGUCAGUGUUUUUGAUGAUAGUAAUUAUGAAUCCAACGAUUCUUACGUCUACGAAUUAAUGACAGAUGCCUAUCCUCAUUGUUUAUAAACGUGACAUUUUGUGUACGUAUACGGGUGUAAAUAAUGUAUAUGUUGUAACUUAUCCUAUGUAUAUACAAUUUCAUAUACUAUUUUGUUUUGUGUAAAUAUGUUGAUAAAGUAAAUAGUUUGAUUAUA